AUGAAGUUACAGGGGUCCCUGGCCUGCCUCCUGCUGGCCCUGUGGCUGGGCAGUGGGGAGGCUGGCCCACUGCUGAGUGGAGGGGAGAGCAGUGGAACAGCUGUUGGGGAGGCCAUUGGACAUGGGAUGGGAGACGCCAUCAGCCAUGGAGUCAGGCAGGCCAUUGGUCAAGGAGUCGGAGAGGGAGCCAGCUCUGGAGCCAGGGAGGCUGUGGGCCCUGGUGUGGCAGAUACUCUCGGCCACAGGCUUGGGGAAGCAGCCCACGCUCUUGGAAAUACUGGGAGUGAGGCUGGCAGACAGGCUGAGGAUAUCAUUCGACAUGGAAUAGAUGCUGCCCACAGCUCCUGGCAGGGGAUGCCUGGCAGCAACGGUGCUUGGCCUCUAUCUGGAGGCCAUGGCAUCUCUGGCUCUCAGGGUAGCCUUGGAGGCCACAGCCAGGGUAAUCCUGGAGGUCCAGGGACUCCUUGGGGCCAUGGACACCCUGGAAGCUCAGAAGGCAGCUUUGGAGCCAACUCUCAGGGAGGCUCCUGGGGUCAAGGAGGCAAUGGAGGGUCAUUCAACUCUGGCACCAAUGCUCAGGGAACUGUGGCCCAGCCUGGUUAUGGUUCAGUGAGAGUUGGUGGCCAAAAUGCAGAGUGCACCAACCCCCCACCAUCUGGCUCAGGUGGAAGCUCUGGCAAUUCUGGGGGAAGUAGCAGCUCACAGUCAGGCAGCAGCGGCAGCGGCAGUGGCAGUGGAGGCGGGGCUCGGGAGGUAGCGAGCGCCCUGUGUGUGUGUGUGGGGGGGGUGUGUCCCCUGACCGCCCUUUCUUCCCUUCCCCGGGAUCACUCCGCCGCCUCCCUCACCCGGGCAUGGCUGUCGCAGCAGCUGGACAACGGUGACAUUGGUGAGGACGAUGUCGCGUUUCGACAUGGCCUCUUAAGGUAUCACGGCCUAGCCGCCCCGGGACCGGCCGCGAUGUUACUGAGGUGGGGCGCCAGGGCUAGUGGGUCUGGAGCUUCUUGUCGUGACGUCACACUGCCCGGUGACGUCACAGAGGAGGCGGUGCGAAGGCUGGAGACCCGCGGCCACAGCCGCCCCAUCCCAGUGGAGGAGUUUGGCGACAGCACGCUGUGCACCACCGUUCCACCACCUACUGGUGAAGUCUUGUCUGAUUUCCGCAUCCUGAGUUGCAUGUUGCAAUGUGCAAAACUACUCUAG